CUGCUGCUGUUGUGUCGUUCUGUAGCUGUCAGCCACGCGCGUCGUCUUUAGAGGCCACGUGUCCCGUCCCUUAGUGCAUCAACGCGCGUCUCUGACUUUGUACGGGUCGGUGUCUGGCAAGUGUUCACCCGUGUCGGGAUUGUAGCGCUAACUAACCCGAGUUCGCGUGUUUAUUGUUUGUUCAUUUUUGUUUUUUUUUCCCCGCUGCGCAGUGUACAGUUCAGCGGAAGUGAACGCUCAGGUGCCGUGUUCGCUGCACCGCGCUGACGGCGUGGUGGUGUCAACACGGCCUCACUCGGGUGUGAUCGGAUCUGGAGAGCGGUGAAAAACACAUGUUUUAUGGAGAGAAGUAAAAGCUCGGUCACCAUCACACUUCCUUCGUGUGGGCGUUGAGCCCCGUGCCGUGCCAUCAGAUGGGCACGGGCUCGUCGCUGACGCCGGGCGGUGCGGAGCUGGCCCCGCCGGGCCUAGCCAGCCGCGGCUGCACCGAGAUCCCCAUCGAGAUGAAGCCGCGGCAAAAGCUGGUGCCCAACGCGCGGCUCCGCUCGGUGGGGUCGGCGCGCCGCUUCAAGGGGGCCUCCUUCCGCUCGGUGACCUCCGUCGUGGACCUGGAGCUGGCGCCCGAGCUGGAGCGCCUGCGCAAGGAGUACGAGAUCUUCCGCGUGACGAAGAGCAACGAGGUGGCCGACAUGAAGCGCAAGGAGGAGAAGCUCGACUCGGAGAACAAGCGGCUGCGUGCGGAGCUGCAGGCGCUGCAGAAGAGCUGCCAGAAGCUUCGCGUGGAGAAGGAGGCGGCUCUCGAGGGCCGAGACCAGGCCAUGGAACGAGCGGCCUCAUUUCAGCAAGACCGGGACAAGGUUCAACGCCAGUUCAAGAUAUUCCGCGAGGCCAAGGAGAAGGAGGUUCAGGAUCUGCUGAGGGCCAAGCGGGACUUGGAGGGGCGGCUCCAGCGCCUGCAGGUCUCCACUGGGGUUGGCGGCGCCGGCUCCGCCGCACCGGCCUGCGAGGGCGGUGACUCGGAUGGGGACGAGACUCGCACGGAGGUGGCCGGGUCGGCGGUGAUGGGGAGCCAUCCGUCGAUGGGCAGCAUGGUGCUGCUCGCCAACUCCAUGAGAGGGCCAGAGCUGGCACACAGCCUCGUCGACCUGGAAGGAACUUUCACCAGCGUCAACCGUGAUGACUGGAACUCUGCACUGAGUGGGCUUCUGCACGGGCCCUCCUCCGGCAGCCACGCUCCACACAACAACACUCUCCGCUGCUACAUCAUGAGCUGUCCGGACACACAGCAACACGCCGAUCUCUUCGUGGCCCGAGCCGUUCCCGAGCUGCAGAGCGCGUGCGAGGCGCGGGGACACUUCUUGGUGGCCGUGAGCUUUGGCGGCACGGAGCAGAAGGCGCUGCGCGAGAGCCGCAGGAGGGAGAUCGCCGGCGCAGCGCUCCUCCUUCUCUUCCUGGGCCGCUCCGUGCCGGCGUGCGUGGCGGAGGACUGCGAGGAGGCUUCCCUUCGGCAGGCGGAGGCGUCGAGGCCGCUCGCCAUCGCCCGCUGGGUGGGAGGAGGGGCGGACGGGAGGGGGGAUGCGGCGAAGGGAGACGCGGACUCGCCCGGGGCUCUGGUUGCGAGUCUAGCCGCGACGAACGCAGCCCAGCAGGUUAUUGAGUACAGCGAUCUGGAGGAAGGAAUUGAGAGGUUGCAGGCUCACGUUGGAAGAGUCAUUAAGCGGGAGCUGCGGAGGUGGAGGGACGGCAGCGGCGUCGACAAGGUUUCCGCCGGUGCCAAGAUGAUCCGGGUGGCCGAGGGCCCCGGAACCCCCACGAAGGCCCCCGCAACGGACGGCGGCGGCGGGGGGGGGCGGCCGCCAUCCUCUCCCGCACCGGGGCGGCCAGAGGGGAGCAACGGCGACGGGGGAAGCGCUGCGAACGGUGCGGGUGGUGGCAACGGCGAAGGUGACGAGGAGGAGGGGGAGGAAGAUGAGGAGAGGGAAGUCGAAGAGGAGGGACCAGGCGACUUGCUGUGGGACCGCCACCUGGAGCAGGAGCAGCAGGAGGCCCUGCAGAUGGCGGCCCAAGCUUCCUUCCCGCUCGGGCUCGAGAAGUAUCUGCAGAGGCUGCACGACCUGGUGGCCACCCCGGGCCCCACUCCUCCUCUGCUCGUGUCCGGGGGCCCUGGGUCUGGGAAGUCCCUGCUGCUCACCAAGUGGAUAGAGACGCUCCAGACGCACUCCCCCAGUAGCCUGGUGCUCUACCACCUCGUCGGACAGCCCUUCUCCUCGAGCGCAGACCCCGCACUCAUGGUUCGACGCUUCAUUGUCAAGUUGCUGCAGCACAUGUGGUGGGUGCCUGUGGCGGGCCCCGACGGCGCGCGGCUGCUGGAGGAGCUGCCCUUCUGGCUGGAGCGGCUGUCGGCGAGGAGGCAGGGCUGCAUCAUCCUCCUCAUCGACUCCAUCGACCGCAUUCAGCAUGCGGAGAGGCACCUGCCGUGGCUCAUCGACCCCCUGCCUGUCAACCUGAGGGUGGUGGUCUCCGUCAACGUGGAGACGUGUCCUCAGCCCUGGAGGCUGUGGCCCACCCUUCACCUGGACGCCUUGAGCCCGAGCCACGUGAAGACCCUUAUCCAAAAGGAGUGCUCCACCGUGGGACUGAACCUCACCGACCACCAGGUGAAGAGGCUGGACAUUCAUUUUCGAUCGGCCACCACCUGCAAUGCCCUCUACACCACACUGGUGGCGCGGAUGGUGAGCAGGGCACGGUCGUCCCAGGAGCUGGAGGAAGCUCUGCACCCAUGCCUGCAGUGUCACGACACCCCUACGCUCUUCCGCCUGGCGCUCCGGGUCACAGAGUCCACCCUGCGCUCCGCCAGGGAUCGCGAGCGCCUGCGAGAGCUGCUGUGCCUGGCGUGCGUGGCGCGCGACGGCGUGAGCGAGUCGGAGCUGCAGGACAUCGACCCGGGCCUGGGCUGGGCCCUGCUGUCGCCCCUGUUGCACACGCUGCAGCGACUCUGCGUGCUGUCCCGCACGUGCGGCCUCAUCAAGUUCCGUCACCUGCAGGCUCAGGAAGCCGCGCGGCAGGAAUAUGUGGGGGUGCAGGGCCCCGGAGGCUGCCAGGUGUUCCGAGCGAGGCUCGCACAGCACUUCUCCAGCCGCCUCGCGGCCGGCCGCGUGACUUGGCGUGUGGCGGACGAGCUGCCGUGGCUGCUGCAUCACGACGCCGAGAGCCGCCCGGCGCUGCAGGACUGCCUCCUCAACCUGCACCUGUGCCGGGACCUCUACAAGCGGGGCCGCUUCUCUGACCUGGUGAGCCACUGGCAGGCGGCGGGACGAGACCGCACCUCCUUGGCCGCCCUCUACAUGGAAGCGCUGAAGCAGCGGGAGAAGGCGCCCCUGGCCGGGACGGCGAGCAGCAGCGGCGGUGGCGGCGACGUGGGCUCGGACGGGAGCUGGGAGCGCAGCGUGUCGGAGCUCGCCGACCUGCACGAGACGCUGGGACGCUUCCUCAGGGACCUGGGCCUCUACAGCCAGGCGGUGCUGAUGCUGCAGCGCUCGCUGGAGUUGCGCGAGACGGCGCUCGACCCGGACCACCCGAGCGUGGCCGGCACGCUGCACCGGCUGGCGGCCGUCUACCUCUCGUGGCGCAAGCCGGGUCCCGCCCAGCAGCUGUACGAGCAGGCGCUGGCGCUCGUGCAGAACGCGCACGGGCACGACGACCCGCGCGUGGCGCGACACCUCGACGCGCUCGCCGCGCUGCACCACAAGCACGGACGGCUGGAGCAGGCCGAGUCCCUGAGGAGACAAGCCUUGAAGAUCCGCCAGAAGGCUGCAGCCGAGAGGGGCAACGUGUCGGGCUUCGAGCUGCUGCGACGCCGCCUGCUGCAGUUGGAGGAGGGCCCCCCCGGCGGGGAGUCGGCGGACGCGGCGCGCUCGCUCAACGAGCUGGGGGUGCUCUACUACCUGCAGGGCAACCCCGAAAUAGCAGAGUUGUUUUUCCAGCGCUCGCUCACCAUGCGGGAGAAGGUGCUCGGCCCGGACCACCCGGACUGCGCGCAGUCCCUCAACAACCUGGCGUCGCUGUGCGGGGAACGCGGCGAGAACGAGAGAGCCCAGUGCCUCUACGAGCGAGCGCUGCACAACCGCCAGCGCGCCCUCUCCCGCAACCACCCGGCGCUCGCCUACACCGUCAAGCAGCUGGCACUGCUCUACAAGAAGGGGGGCAAACUGGAGAAGGCUCUACCCCUCUACCAGCUGACGGUUGAGAUCAGAGAAAAGGCUUCUGGGCCAAACCAUCCCAGCGUGGCCACAGCGCUGGUCAACUUGGCUGUUGUCUAUUCCCAACUGAAGCGUCACGAUGAGGCCCUGCCCCUGUACGAGCGUGCGCUCCGCACGUACGAGGACAGCCUGGGGCCCCUGCACCCCCGCGUGGCGGAGACCCUGCGGAACCUCGCCGUGCUGAGGUACGAACAGGGAGACGUGGCUGGAGCGGCCGAGCUGUACAAGCGUGCCACGGAGAUCCGGGGAGGGGAGUCGUUGCCGGCGGCGGCGGUCACUGGUGGGGGUCACAGGCCGCAGUCGCUGCACUCGUCCGGAAGCGAGCCGCUCGGCCUGGCGCUGCACUCGCCGCUGGGGCUAGGCUAGCGGAGGGCGGGCGGCCCGUCUCUAAGGUCGGAGGUUGAGUGGCCGGCCCCCGCCGCCGCCGACGACGACGGUAGUUGCAGCGCGGAAGCCGAAGGUCACGCUCAGGUACUCGCCGCCACAGGUUCGUCCAAGUUUCUCCAAAUGUGUGUGCGGUUGGCGGAGAGAAGCCGAACACGAGCACUGACGUUUGUUUGCUUUCUUUUCAAUGGCAGCACCAGGGUAGUAAAGAAAAUGUGUAAUUGACUACUUUGCGUGUACCUGUUCUGGAUUAAUCAAUUGCUACUGACGCCAUAAGGACUUCAAAAGAAAAUAAUGGAUCGUUGGUUGCGGGAUGAAGCUUUACAAGUUAAAAUACGAACAUUGAUGCCAUCUACUUCACCGUUCCACUUUCUGCGUGAAGCAUAACAAAUGCCUCAUUACACCUUGCCAUAAACGCUGUAUUUAUUUGUCACCAUCCGAACGCGAAAAAAUAUCGCGUGACCGCCAUGGCAGUCAAUCCCUGGAGAUAUUGUUACAUUUUCGUUCCUGGCGGCACCAAACUCUUCCUCAGCGAUGUCGGUGGUGAACAAGCGAGUCGCGAAAUGCGUUGGGUGGCACCCUACGAUCACAAACAAGGCUUGGGGUGAAGGUAGUGCUGAGAGAACCUGGAAGAGAGACGAUGUGGUCGCAGCCCGCGUGCUUUGGCCUGCGUCGGUUUUGCGACACCCAAAAACUUGACGGAAUGACUCAACGACCGACGAGUACACAGUGCCUGCUACUUCAACCUGCAAAGGACUGCGACGUAAAUUAACACCUCAAUCAGAAAAACCUGAGCGCUCAUAGAUUUCGUUGUGGUUGCUAUGCAUGUGAUAACUGGCCCUUCCCUUUUCUUUCCAUUGCCCAAAUGAAAUGUAAAGAAAACGUUAAGCAAGUAAGCACAGGAUUUUUGGAACAAGUUGAAGCGGUUCACUUAAAAAUUAAAAAGCAGCGUUCGAAAGCCGUAUACCACAAUCACACGUUUCAACUUUUGCAGUGAAGGCUGACGAACAGUCGUCAGCCGACAUUGAAAUUCAGAACAAAUGCUGUUCUUGUAGAGAGAGAAAAAAAGCCCGAGUUAACAGCUGCCACAAGGUUCGUUUGUUAAGCCCGGUGUGACGGUGCGCGGCACUAGCACACGCUGCUCGUCCAUGCCAACUCACUCAGUCGCGCGUGCGGUGCAUCCUGCAGCCGAGCAGAUAAUUCCCUUUUUUGUGCCGCGUGACGUCGAGGCCGUUGGGGAUGUGGCUUUGUUCGGCGACAAUGCGAGCACGCGCGGGGGUUGCUGAGGUGUGGGCGCAGGGGACUGGGGAGGCGUGGGGGGAUGUGGUCCGGUUAAAGUGCAGGGGGGGGACGCAGGGGGAUCCGUCGUGUGGGACGUUGAAGGCAAUCGAAAUUAGCAGCCUUGCGUCUGCGUCAAAAAUAACCGAGUUGUAACUAAAAUAAAAUGUUAACGUCAAUUGGGUAAAGGUGCAGCCCUCAAACUGCUUGUUCCUGCCACCGCUCGUGGAAGGCCCUCCGCUAGAGGGCGCUUUACUGAGCCACUCUUGUCUAUUCUUUCACGCUGACCAGACACAAAAACUGCCGAUCAACUAACUGUAAAAUUAGUUUAAAAACAGACCCUGUUAUUUGUAUACGAUUUAUGAUUCCUGUGGAUGAGAAUGUUUAAACCUGAAGAAUAGUUAUCUGCUGCUUCAUGAAGAUGGAACGCUGUGUAACGUGAAGGUAAAUUGGUCUGUAAAAUGCGACCGUAAUAAUGCUGCAUAAUACAAUUGGCAAAUUUGGGCAUUGCCACAUUCAUGCUUGCAUCAUCAAACAGGGACAAAGAAGGCUGAAUUGUUGUGCUGGCAAAGCUUCGUCAUCAUCAGCCAUGAAAAAUCCACUGUUGGAUGAAGGCCUCUCCAAGCCAUCGCCACCUCUCGUGGUCCUGCAAUGUAACGAUCCACCCGCGCCAGCACGAGAACCGAUUUCAUCACUCCAUCUCACGUGCGGACGUGCUCUUGGCUGCCGUUCCGCAGUAUGUUUAAUUUGAAGCUGCCGUGAGUUUACCCUUCGUCGCCCCAAGUUGAUCAACUGUGGACGAGCUGGGAAUCCAGCGCACGCGCGCAGAGAGAGGGCCUACCGUUGUUGCGAGGGCUAAAUAAUGGGACGGCAAAAAGCAAGUCUGCUGCAAGUGGAGAUUAAGGAACAUGCAGCAUCAUCGCUGACAAUAACAAGCGAUUGUUUGCCAGUGUAAUGGGCCAAAUCCCACCCUCCCCCCAAAAAAUAUAUGAGGGCUUCCCCUCGCCUGCAUGGUGAGCACAGGCCCAGCAGAGGAUUGAUAAAACAGGCUGUAGUUUUCCUCCUUGGAGUAUGAAUAAUAUUUGUAUCUGCAAAAAGUAUCCAGGUCUUCUUCUCGACAGUGGCAUUGUUUAUCACAGUCUGUGAUGCCAUUACACGUGAAUUAAUUAAUUAACUGUAACAUCUCAACUCAUCCAUAAACCGUAAUUCGAACGUACACCGUAUUGGUCAGCUGCUGUCUGUUGUGCGUUCUGUUUCCACAUUCUGUAGGUAAAUAAAUAAAAUUUGCCCAUUGCCUUUCUGGACCAAUAUCCGAGCAUUUGUUUAACAAGCAAACUCCGUGUAGUUUCGACCUUCUGGUUCUCAUCAGUAGAAUCAGGCUGGUUAAACACCUAUGGCUGAGUCACCAGAUGGUAAUUGGCAGAGUUCUCCCAUCGAAUGAUAAUUAGUUUAAAAACAGACCCUGUUCAAUGGAACAAUCAAAACUGUAUGCAAACACAUGUGUUGUCAUGGAGCGUUAUGGGUAAAAACAUAUCUCAUUCCGUCUUGCCGAUAAGUAGGUUGGCUUCUGUGAUGUUGGGUGGUGUGGGGAUUUCUGUGGAUUUUUAUUGAUGUCGUUCUCUGACGUCUAUUUCAAUUUCAUUUCGAACUGCGGCAGCGUCCGCUUGGUGUCCCCAAGGUGGGAUUUCACUUUGAAGACAACAGGAGGAGGCGGUCAAUUUUCUCUCGACUAAACAUAUAAAAGCUUAGUGUGCAUAAAGGUUAAAAGAACAGUCUACCUACCCACGUAAAAUAGCUCAUAAAUAUUAAAAGCGAGCGCUGCUGUGUGCUGACGUUCGGCACAAGCGGCGAUGGAGGUCAUCGAGUCCUGUGCAGUUUCGAGGCUUCAUCUCGAUAAGAGUGUGGAUCUCCGCACAUGCGAUUGAACGGCACGGUCACCCUGCGUGCGUGUGCUCAAGGUGUGUCGCUUUCCCUUCAUUGUCUCUUAACCUGCAAGCAGCAUGGCUGCUUGCACAACAGCAUGACAACCUUCACUCUGAUUCCCCUGCUCUCGUCGUAUUGUUUACUUCCAGUCAGAAGAACUGGAGAGUGCUGUACUUUUGUGUUUUGUAUAUGCAAAUGGUGGCGAUUGUGAUGUACUUACUGCAUUCUCAGCAGGACAGGUUUACUUCCUGGAUCGGCACAUUAAAUGCAUAUAAUUGCGUAAGAAUCAAUUGUUUACAAUUCAUGCAAAUUAUGUACGAUUGUAACGUUUAUGCUAAAAGAGCAAGUAAAAACCAUAGAAACUAGACCCCAAAAAACCGAGACGCCAUAUAAAUAUGAUGGUUAAAGGGGCAAAAUAUAUAUUUUUUUAAUUAUCCCAAAUCGAGCCCAUGAUAAUUCUUAAAAUUACUGGGGCGGACAAUUGUGAUGCAUCUACUCGAUCGUGUGGUUGCUAUAUUCACUGGGAAGACAAAGGCAGCCCUACUUCCCUCGAAUGUGCCGUGCCAACCUUAAUAGGUGUUUUCCUACAGUGCGUGCCGCGACAACCCACGGGGUGAAAUGGAGGCUCCUUGUCCCAUCUCUCUCCACGUAUGACAUUGGCGUAGAGUGGUGCUGCAAUGGACAGUGCUUUUUGCGCUAUGAACCCAGUGUACCUGAGUUCGAUUCCCGGCCAUGGCUAACACCAAGUGGCGCGUGAUAUGUGAACCGGUCCUGGGCCCCCACCUCUCCCAUCACCAAUCCACUCUGGCCAUUGUAGUCGAGUCGAGUAGAGUCAAACAGCCCUCGUGACUGACACAGAAUGUUGAGUUCCUCAAGGGGCUUAGAACGAUUCGAUUAUUUUACAUGACUGGUCAGUCGUGACCAUGCAGCGUCGUUUGCGAUGCGUGGUCACGCAGCGCCUUAAGCCGAAUGUGGCAAGUUUUGCUUGAGACGAACCCUGUGCAGUUGUGACAUGUGCAGUGUCAGGUCUCGACUCAGAAACCACACACAAUGUGGCCACCUGAAGUACAAACACGGAGUCUUGCAGUGGAUCAAAACUGCUUAAACCAGAAUCGACAAUCACAUCACUCUGUUUUUAAAUAAAUGUUGUGUGUGUGUGUACCGGACGUACGUUGCGCGUGGUUAUCUGCACAAAUAUCUGAGAGCGACAUUGCAGUGUGGCUGUUUUAUCCAAGCUAUGCAGCACUUAGUCACUGCGGAUUAACACCGUUUGUUAAACGCCAACCUACCACGUCUGCAACGGCAACACGAGCAAAGGCAGUGACGACUUCAAAUAAUAAUUAAAGCUCUUCCCCUCGUCACUUGUAACUCCUAUCGAUGAGGGUAAAUGUGACAAGCGACUCUGUCGGAAGAGGAUGCUGCAAAUGAAGAUAUUGGCGUAUGGGGACCGGUUAUUAUUUUUGCCGGCUGUACGAUGCACGAUCGCCAGCAAUUACCUCUAAUUGAAUCUUUACGCAAAUGAUGCCGGGACUUUGGUUGAGAGAAUGCGUCUCGGAAAGGCUGCCCUAUGCAUAUCUCCAAUAAUAUGUUGGUACAGUGAUUCUAUUUUAAAUAUACAGUGCAAUGUCAAAUAUCCGACGAUCCCAUAUCCGACCUGACCAAUUCGACUGCCAACACCCCAGUGCAGCGUUAACUGUCACUUUCUAUUGAUGUUCACAAAGCUGACCUUUUCGCAUGCAGUAAUGUAUUUUUUUUUAUCUCGAGUACAUUUGUGUAUAAAUUGCAGUCAAGCAUUUUCCCGUCGCGUUUAUUUUGCACUUCAUUUUUUUCUCUCUCCCCUUGUAAUAUAUUUGUGCUUGGUGUAACAAAAAUGUUUUUCUACAGAUGUUCACAUAUUCGCCUGUACCCCAGUCCCCAGCGAAUUAAUGUGUGACUUUGGGCUCAUAUAAGAAAUAAGCACAUCCAAAUAACUGUGCAAGGGAAGGACGAGUAACAUUGGUGUUUAUUUUGUUUCUGCAACUGGUACUCGUGUAAACAACUCUGGGCAUUACGGAAUAAAGGGGACAUUUUCAUCUUCAACACUUUCUUUUUUCUGUUCGUGGACUAUGCAUUCAUUUUCUGGAGUUUUUCUAUGAUCAUUCAUAAUCGUCCUCAUUGCGAUCGUCCGCGGUGUGACAUCUUGACAUAAUUGGUAAUGUCUAAAUUCAUUCCGUGCACUUUGAAGUGGAAACUUCAUCCUCAUUAGCAUAGUUCUAACUGGCCUGGAAUGAGGCCGAAUAAAAAAUGACUCCGUUGGCUUCUGUAUUUGGGGUUGUGUUUAUUAUUAUUAUAAUUAUUACGCUUAUAAUUCUCCAUAUGUUCGGAUGGACUAUCUAAAGCAGUUAUGAUUUUGCCGCAUAUCUGUAUAUCAAGCGCGUUUGUAUAAUGUUUCUGUAAUAUACAGUAUAUCAAAGGCUGUCAAAAAACCAAGAACAAUG